AUGCCGCCGGCCGGAGAACUCCGUCAUCAACCACCUUCAGAGGAUAAACAGUCUACAGAUACUCAAUCUGCCGAAGCAGAAGCUGCGGCAGCGAUAUUAGCGGCAGCUGCGGAUUCGGAGGCUGCUGGAUUAUGGACACAGAUCAAAGCGGAAGCUCGCCGUGACGCUGAGGCGGAGCCGGCGCUAGCUAGCUACCUAUACUCGACGAUUCUCUCUCAUUCUUCUCUCGAGCGAUCGAUCUCGUUCCAUUUGGGAAACAAGCUCUGCUCCUCGACGCUUCUCUCCACGCUUUUGUACGAUCUCUUCUUAAACACCUUCACCUCCGAUCCUUCUCUGCGCAACGCCACCGUCGCAGAUCUUCGCGCUGCUCGCGUCCGUGAUCCCGCUUGCAUCUCGUUCUCGCAUUGCCUCCUCAAUUACAAAGGCUUCCUAGCUAUUCAGGCGCAUCGUGUCUCGCACAAGCUAUGGACGCAAUCGCGGAAGCCAUUAGCGUUAGCUCUUCACUCGAGAAUCUCCGACGUAUUCGCCGUCGAUAUCCAUCCGGCAGCGAAGAUCGGAAAAGGGAUACUUCUCGACCACGCAACGGGAGUCGUCGUCGGAGAAACAGCUGUGAUAGGGAACAACGUAUCGAUCCUUCACCACGUGACGCUAGGUGGGACCGGUAAAGCUUGCGGAGAUAGACAUCCGAAGAUCGGUGACGGUUGCUUGAUCGGAGCUGGAGCGACUAUUCUGGGGAACGUGAAGAUCGGUGCAGGAGCUAAAGUGGGAGCUGGAUCUGUGGUCCUGAUCGACGUGCCUCCGCGAGCUACGGCGGUUGGGAAUCCGGCGAGACUCGUGGGAGGGAAAGAGAAACCUACGAUUCAUGAUGAGGAAUGUCCCGGAGAGUCGAUGGAUCACACUUCCUUCAUCUCGGAAUGGUCAGAUUACAUAAUUUGA